AUGGCGGAGUCGCCGCUCCCGGACCUGCACCGCGAGGUCAGCAGGCUCACGGGGUCCCUGAAGCGCCUGGACCCGUCGUCGGUCGAGCAGCAGGUCCGGAAGCUGCAAGCGCAAGUCAGCGACAUCACGCAGGCGGUCAAGGCCGCCACGCAGCACGUGCAGCAGGCCGCGGCCACGCAGGUCCCUCUGCCGGCUCCCAAGCGACACACCCACGCGUCCGGCGCGCCGCGGUCCGCGAUGUCGAGCGAGGUCUCCGCGUCCAACCCAUACUCCAGGGUGAUGGCGAUGCAGACGAUGGGCGUCGUGCGGGAGUUUGACCGCAUCAGGAGGAUGACGGUGGCGGUGGUGGGCGUGGGGGGCGUGGGGUCGGUCGCCGCGGAGAUGCUCGCGCGCUGCGGCAUCGGGCGGCUGGUGCUCUUCGACUACGACCGCGUCGAGCUCGCCAACAUGAACCGGCUGUUCUACCGCCCUGACCAAGUCGGGCUGGCCAAGGUGGACGCCGCGCGGCUGACGCUCGGCGCCAUCAACCCGGACGUCGCCGUCGACGCGCACUGCAUCAACGUCGCCACCGUCCGCGGACACGCGGCCCUCGUCGGCGCCCUGUCGGGCCAGGCCGAGAACCCCCCCUCCAAGGCCACGCCGGCCAUCGGCACCUACGCCGCCGCGCAGCGCCCGCGCGGGCGGCCCGUGGACCUCGUCCUGUGCUGCGUGGACAACUACAACGCGCGCCUGGCGGUGAACCGCGCGUGCCUGCAGCUCGGGGUGGACUUUCUGGAGUCGGGGGUGUCUGAGGACGCCCUGUCAGGCCACGUGCAGCGCGUGACGCCCGGGCGCACGGCGUGCUACGAGUGCGCGCCGCCGCUCGCGGUCGCCAGCGGGGUCGACGAGAGCACCCUGCGCCGCGAGGGCGUGUGCGCCGCCAGCCUGCCCACCACUAUGGGCCUCGUGGCCGCGCUGCUCGCGCAGGCCGCGCUGAAAACGUUGCUCUCCUUCGGCCAGGUGUCGGACUUCGUUGGGUACGGCGCGAUGAAGGACCACUUCUCGACGAUGCCGGUGCGGCCGAAUCCGGACUGCGCGAGCGAGCUGUGCCGGGCGGCGCAGCAGCGCGCGGCGGAGGUCCCCGGGGGCCUCGCGCCCGCCGCAGCGCCGGCGGCGGACGCGGCGCCGCUGCACCCCGACGGCAACGAGUGGAACAUCCGGGUCGUCGCCGGCGACGACGACCGCGACGACGAGGCGCCGCGGGCACCGGGACGGGCACACGCCCCAGGGGGACUCCUGGCGCACCCCCUGACGGACCGCGGCAGCGAGUCUGAGGCCUCGGGCAGCAAGACGGGGCUCGACGGCAACCUCGCGGACCUCCUCGAGGAGCUCAAGGCGCUCACAGACUAG